CUGGGUGAGACAGGGAGUUGCAGCCUCAGUACCAUAUUGUGAUAUCAGUACGGAGCGGAGAGAGUAGAGGAACGAGGCUGCUUCAUGCUGCUGUCCUUGCCGCCUUUGUUGAACGGAACGUCGUAGCGCAUCGGUCCAAAAAGGAUACAUAAUUAUCACGGAUUCAUAAAGGAGGAGACGAAACAUAUCCAUGUACCCAAACGGGGGCUCGGGAGUGCUUUUGCUGUCGCUCCUGACAGCUUUUCAGAUCUCCACCGAAGGCAGAGGACCCCCCCUGUGCAAGCCUGGAUUUACAGAGGAUGUGUACUACGCAGACAUAUCUGGGGGUGUGACCGAGGGACAGCCUCUCUUCAACGUGAGAUUCCUUGACUGUGGACAAAACAGACGGUUACGGUUCGAGAUCAGUGAUCCCGUCGACUUCCGAAUAGAAGCUGAUGGCCCGGUCUACACUAUCAAGGUUUUUCAAAUAUCAACCAAUGGGAGCACGCAUCUGAUGGUCAAGGCCCAAGAUGUUGACUCUCAGGAGCAGUGGCAGGCGGAGGUGAAGCUAUCCUCAAAGACUGGCGUAAGUCAGCAGGAUGGGCCAGCCACACCUCAGCAAAUCCCGGAGAUCCUAUUUCCACGGCAACAGCAGGCUAAUGGCGGCAGCUUCCUGAAACGCAUGAAGAGAGACUGGGUCAUCCCCCCCAUCAACGUCCCCGAGAACUCCAGGGGUCCCUUCCCCCAGGAGCUCGUCAGGAUCCGGUCCGACCACGAUAAAAGCCGCUCGCUCCGCUACAGCGUCACCGGCCCCGGGGCCGACCAGCCCCCCACCGGGAUCUUCAUCAUUAAUCCAAUUUCGGGAGAAGUGUCCGUGACCAAGCCUCUGGAUCGGGAGCAGAUAUCCAACUUUCACUUGAGGGCUCACGCGGUCGACCUGAACGGCAACCAGGUGGAGAACCCCAUCGACAUCGUAAUCAACGUCAUCGACAUGAACGACAACCGGCCCGAGUUCAUCCACCAGAUCUGGAACGGGACGGUGCCCGAGGGGUCCAAGCCCGGGACCUUCGUGAUGACGGUCACAUCGAUGGACAAGGACGACCCCAAGACGGCCAACGGGAUGCUGCGUUACAAGAUCCUGUCCCAGAAUCCCGACAGCCCCGCCUCCAACAUGUUCACCAUUAACAACCAGACAGGAGGCAUCAUCACCGUGGCAGCAGGGCUGGACCGAGAGAAAGUGCCACAGUACACCUUAAUAAUUCAGGCCACCGACAUGGAGGGGAACCCGAUGUACGGGCUGUCCAACACGGCGACGGCCGUCAUCAAAGUCACAGACAUCAACGACAACCCCCCGGAGUUCACCGCCGACACUUUCACGGGGCAAGUGCCCGAGAACAAGGUGGGCGUGACCGUGGCCAACCUCGCCGUGACGGACAAGGACCAGCCCAACACGCCGGCCUGGAACGCCGUGUACAAGAUCACCGGCGGCGACCCCACAGGCCGCUUCUCCAUCCCCACCGACCCCACCACUAACGAGGGCCUCGUCACCGUCGUCAAGCCAAUUGACUACGAGACCAGCAGGACCUUCGUGCUCACCGUGGUGGCGGAGAACGAGGCGUCCCUGGCCAGGGGCAUCCACCUUCCCCGCCAGUCCACCGCCACCGUCUCCAUCAAGGUCAUCGACGUCAACGAGAGCCCGUACUUCGAGCCCAACCCAAAGAUGAUGAAGAUAGAGGAAGGCCAGCCGGCCGAGACGGUGCUGAACACCUUCACCGCCCAGGACCCGGACCGCUUCAUGACUCAGACCAUACGAUACUCCAAACUGUCCGAUCCAGCGAACUGGCUCAGAAUCGACCCCGCCAACGGACAGAUAUCCACCAUAGCCAUGCUGGACAGGGAGUCGCCAUACGUGAAAAACAACUACUACAACGCCACUUUCCUGGCUACAGACAACGGCGUCCCUCCAGCGAGCGGGACGGGCACUCUGCAGAUCGUCCUGCUGGACCUCAACGACAACGCCCCGCACGUCUUCCCCCCGGACGUGGAAGUGUGCGAGAAGCCCGAGCCGAACGCCAUCAACAUCACCGCCGUCGACCACGACCUCAACCCCAACGCGGGGCCCUUCGCCUUCGAGCUGGCCCUCCGGCCCCCCGACAUCCGCAAGAACUGGACCAUCACCCGGCUGAGCGGUGAUUAUGCCCAGUUGAGCCUGAAGCUGGCGUUUCUGGAGAGCGGCAUAUACGAGGUGCCCAUCAUCAUCACCGACUCGGGGAACCUGCCCAUGUCCAACACGUCCUACCUGCGGGUGAAGGUGUGCCAGUGCGACCACAACGGCGACUGCGCCGACGUGGAGCGCAUCAUCGCGGCGGGGCUGGGCACCGGCGCCAUCAUCGCCAUCCUGCUCUGCAUCAUCAUCCUCCUCAUCCUGGUGCUGCUGUUCGUGGUGUGGAUGAAGCGGAGGGAUAAGGAGCGGCAGGCCAAGCAGCUGCUCAUCGACCCCGAGGACGACGUGCGCGACAACAUCCUCAAGUACGACGAGGAGGGAGGCGGAGAGGAGGACCAGGAUUACGACCUGAGCCAGCUCCAGCAGCCCGACACCGUGGAGCCGGACGCCAUCAAGCCCGUGGGGAUCCGGCGGCUGGACGAGAGGCCCAUCCACCCCGAGCCCCAGUACCCCGUCCGGUCGGCCGCGCCCCACCCGGGCGACAUCGGCGAGUUCAUCAACGAGGGACUCAAGGCGGCGGACAACGACCCCACGGCCCCGCCCUACGACUCGCUGCUGGUGUUCGACUACGAGGGCAGCGGCUCCACCGCCGGCUCCCUCAGCUCGCUCAACUCGUCCAGCAGCGGCGGCGACCAGGACUACGAUUACCUCAACGACUGGGGCCCGCGCUUCAAGAAGCUGGCAGACAUGUACGGCGGCAGCGACGACUAAAUUUAAAAAAAAAUUAAAAUUUAAAAAAAGGAAAGAAGAAAAAAGAGAAAAAGAGAGAGAGAGGAAAAGAAGUGGCUUCGUUUUUUUGGGUGGGGGACGACGACGAGAAAGAACACAACAACAACAACGACAAAAAAAAAAGAAGAUAUAAAAAAUGAUGCUCCCGGAGAGAGAGAUCCGAUGACGGCGAUGGGAAUAUUUUUUAAAAAAAGGAGGAAAUUUGAAAAAGAGGCUGGAAGCGGUCCGCUCGCGCACCCGCGUGUCAGAGGCCUCCGACGCGGCCUCUCCUGUCCGGUUUGUGGUCGAAGGGGCACAUCGGGAGAAGUGACUCUUGUCUGGACGGUCGAUAUUUAGGGCGCUCAGUUACACUUGAAUUUCACAGUACAGAAGCACUGGGAGUUUAUGUGCCUUUUUGUACAACUUUGGAUCUGAAUGAUUAGUUUUAUGUUCAAGGCUUUAAUGGUACUGACGUUUGGAGUGAUCUCAAAACUUAAAGAGAGUAUGUUAAAACUACAGUAUGCUUCUACAUGCUUUUUUUUUGGUUACACCAUACUGCUGUUUGUUGAAAACAAUUAUUUAAAUUACAAAAAAAAAAUAAAAAAAAAUGAAGGAAUAUUUGUUAGCUUGGACGGGAUGAAACAUCUGAAAACAGCAAUGUACAGUUCGCUAGACUUUUAGAUAGUUUUUGUUUUUCACUAAAAAAUUGAAACUUAUGCAGCUGGUUGCAAAGGGAGUCAUACUUCAUAAUUUUGUAGAGGAAUAAGUUUUGUUUUUCUGAAGUGGUAUAGUAUUUUACACAAACAUAUGUAUUUUGUUCUAAUCCAUGUCCACUUUUUUUGCUUAAGUCACCCUCUGAAACUUUGAUUUUCACUUCACUGUAAAGAAAUUGCGUGUACAUAAUGUUUUUUUUUUCUUUCUUCAUCGUUUUCAACGUAGUCUACAAUGUGCAAAAAGUUCAGAACUUGUAAAUGUAUAAUUUGGACUACAGGUUAAAGGUUUUUUGCAUGUUUUUAUCUUUUCACUAUAAAAAAAGGUAUUUCCAAAAUUUAUUUACAAAAAAGACAUUGCAAAACCGGGUGACAUAUAAAGAGUAGAAGGUAAGAGUCUUUUGUAUAAAAAAAAUAAAAUGUGAAAAAAAAAUCUAAUCAGCACAACUGUUUCAAUUUGUACCAAAAAAAGGGGGGUGUUAUGACACCAAUGUUGCUAAUAACAGCUUUAAGACUGGAAAGUUUUGUUUUUUGUCAGAAGGUUUGUGGAUAAUAUUAUGUACCAGAAUACAAGUGACACAUCUCUGAUCCCAACCCUCCAAAUAAAAUGCUAAUUUUGGA